AUGGUUUCGAUCACGGGUGAUAGUGAGACUGGUUCAACUGUUCUAUCAUCACGACAUCAACAACAACACCAGGCGGCCUCGUCUCAAUCGCAAUUCUCGUCUCAGAUCGGUACGAGCAGUUCCUUGAUAUUUCGACCUGAACCGGAAUCGCGACCAACCGAUGUAUCGCCAACAUGUUCAACUUUACCUAGAGUGUUAGAACCUCUGCAAAUCCCUCAACCUUCUUUACCUACUGAAAUCUCUCCUACCACACCUCAUUCAUCAUCAUCCACACAGACCAUCAACCCUAGUAGUAGUAGCUCAAAUAGCGGUAGAAGAGGUUCAUUGGCAAUUUGGAAAAUUCCCCAAAUCCCAGAAUCGUCGACCUCGUCAAAAACCAAGUUAGAUAAUAAAAACACCAGCGGAUCCAACACACCAUCCGGCGAAAUUCACAAAAGUCAGGAUAAGAAAUCCAAUAUGAGACCUUCAUCAUCAGGUUCAAGGAAGGGUAAAGAAGUUUUAGAAAUGAUCACUCUACCUAUAACGGAUGCUUCGGCUCCUCUUGGGGCCAAGCAGAUUUUAAGUACGGCGGAAGAGCGAAGUAAGGAGGAUAUGGCCAUGGCUAAAUGGAGGAAAUGGGUAGUCGAGCAACCCAUUCCAACCGUCCCCGUCGAUCAUUCACCUAUUCAAUCCCGUCGUUCAAGUCCCGGAACAACCACAACUCCAGCACUGAAUACCACUGCCUCACCACGUUUAAGUUCCCUCUCUUCACCUCGGAACGGCAUGUCGUCUCGACAGUUCUCACCCGCCGGAUCACCUUUGGAACCCGUCGGAUCUGGUGGAUCAGCCGGCUCGUCCUCGUCCUCGCCCGGAGGUAGACAUUCCAACUUCUCCCCUCGAGCCAAAUCCAUGCGACUGGGAUCAGGCUCAGCCUCAGGUGAUUACAUCGAAGUGUUCAAUACCGAAUCUAUGAUGGCUCUCAGAGAUGUCGAAUUAGCUAUAGACGAGGAGGUACUGGAAAGGCACGAAAGGAUGAAAUCUCCUCAUGUAAUACAGAACAGAAGAAUGUCAACUCAACCCCGCAUUUCAGAAUUACCAAAUCCUUUCGCGGAUAUUGCUCAGAGAUUAGGAUCAAGGAGAGUCAGACCGAUAGUCCUGGAAUUGAUUCAGGCUCUGGGGCAUUACCUCGAUGCCGUAUGGUGUAUAACUUAUCCCGAUAGACCUUGUCCAUGGAUACUAGGUGUGGAUGAAAGUCCCAUUCCACCCUCGGUAAGAAGGAUGACAAUUGCCCAUCAAAAUCACGAACAAUCACAGAGUAAAUUGCAGGAUCCUCAACUGACUUGGAAAUCACCUAUGAUCACUGCUGUACAAGAAGGAAAGAAGACCGGUCAUGUGAUUGUACCGCCAACCGUGAAAGACGUCAAGUUUUGGGGAGACGAAGUGACUUUUGCGAUAAGGGAUGUGGAUGAGGUUGUGGGGAUAUAUAAAGGUGUAGGAUGGGCUUUUGGAGCUGCGAUGAGAGAUGGAGUGUAUGGGAUCGUAUCGGCCGAUAACGUAUUGGGUAUGAAGGGUGAAGGUGGUGGUAUGGCAAGGUUGCUGAAUGAUCUGGAAGAAGCUAUAUGGGGUGAUGCUCAACCUCGACCUACAGAUUUGUCAUAUGAUCUACCAAUCGAUUUCGACCCAUAUGCCGAACCGGACGAUCAAGAACUGUUGAUGGCAGUGACCUCGCCUCGUCACGCCGCUGCUGAAGGUGCAUCGUCUAACACGAGAUCAGCAUUGACUGAUUUCUUUGGCGAAUCCCGCUCGAGCUCAAGGGAAUCAGGAGUUAACGCGAAUGCUCCGUUACCAAUCAUGGAAGAAGAGAUUGAUGCUUUACCUGAUUUGGUACAACCCGAUGAUCAAUUGGAAGAGGAAGAAGAGAGUGAUAAUGAUAAUAAGUCAGAUACGCUCAUCAAAUCACCAAAUUUAUCAUCAUCGGCAUCAGCUGCAAAGAGAUCGAAGUAUAAACAUAAUACUAGAUCGAACUCGACGUUGAUCAUACCUGGUAUAACCGAUUUCGAAGGUUCUGAAGAUUUGUCUUUAGAGGAAUUGGGUAAGAGGAGACAUAGGGAAUGGUUGGAGAAUCAGAGGAUGGGUGGAGAUGCUUGGUGA